AUGACCGUUAAAUCAGCAAAGACCGGCGCGUCCACGCAUGCAUCGACAGAGCACGAAUAUGAGUUUGGAGGCCCGCUGGGUGCUGCAGGUAUCGUCUUCGGUCUGCCUCUGCUCGUCUACUCCAGCAUCUUUCUCUGCAACGACGUUUCCGGCUGUCCUGCACCGGCCCUAUUGGACCCGAAAAUUUUGACGCUCGAGAAGCUGAAGCAGCAAACACCUUGGCCCGAAAAUGGAUUGCCAGGCCUGUUCGAUCUGGAAGUGACAGCUUGGGUAUCUGGAUACUACGCGCUCCUGGUGGCGCUGCAGCUGUUGCUACCAGGCGAAGAGGUGGACGGUACCACUCUAGGAACAGGCGGAAGACAUCACUACAAGUUCAAUUCUUUCAACUCGGCCGUCUUAAUCCUCUCUGGUCUCGCCAUUGGGACUGCCGUCCAGGGCACCGACUUCGUCGUGUGGGACUACAUCUGGACUAAGCUGCCCCAAGUGGUGACUGCCAGCUUGAUAAUUGCAACAUUACAAGCAAUCUAUGUCUACCUGGCCUCCUUCAAAGUCCCUCACUCCGGCCAGUCAAAUGAUGAACACCGGGAGUUGGCCAAGGGAGGACAUACUGGGAACAUGCUGUACGACUUUUUCAUCGGUCGUGAACUCAACCCUCGCAUCGCAGUUCCUCCAUGGGUACCAGUUGUACGUGGUCAGGUGAUUGAUCUUAAGGUCUUCAACGAGAUGAGACCAGGAUUGAUUGGUUGGGUCAUCCUCGACAUUACCUUUGUUGUCCACCAAUACAAGACCCACGGCUUCGUGAGCGACUCGAUCGUGCUCAUCACCCUUUUCCAGUCCCUCUACGUCCUGGAUGCUCUUUACAUGGAGCCUGCCAUUCUGACCACAAUUGACGUUAUCAACGAUGGAUUCGGCUUCAUGCUUGCCUUUGGAGAUCUGGUAUGGGUCCCCUUUGUUUACAGUAUUCAAGCUCGCUACCUUGCGGUGUAUCCUCUGUCUCUGGGAAUCACCGGCAUUGCAGGAGUUCUCGCUGCUCAAGGACUAGGCUAUUACAUCUUCCGGUCAGCCAACAACCAGAAGAACCGCUUCCGCACCAACCCCAACGACGUUCGCGUGUCACAUCUCGAGACGUUGACCACUGAAUCUGGAUCCAAACUGCUUGUUUCGGGCUGGUGGGGCCGUGCCCGGCAUAUCAACUAUCUGGGCGACUGGAUUAUGUCGUUCAGCUAUUGCCUACCUACUGGCAUGGCAGGUUAUAUCAUCAAGAGUUACCAAAACCCUGUCACCGGAGCCGUGACUCGGGAGGUGGUGCAAGGCCGUGCAAGAGGCUGGGGGAUGAUCUUCACUUACUUUUACAUUGUAUACUUCGGCGUGUUGCUUGUUCACCGAGAGAUGCGAGAUGAGGAGAAGUGUCGAAAGAAAUAUGGGAAGGACUGGGAGAGGUAUUGCCAGCGAGUUAAAUGGAGGAUUCUGCCGGGCAUUUACUAA